AUGGCCAAGGAUAGCACUGAAAGAAGAAAUGAGAGGGAUUAUGAACAGGUGCCCGACGAAAUGGGGGAAAUGGUGAAGGUUGCGCUAAAAAAAAUGGAAUGCGAGGAGGUGAUCGAGAUGAUCUACAGGGAUGCGGGAGUAGAGGAAAUAGAGGAAAAGCUGAAUGAGGGCAUUAAGAAAAUGAGAGAGAACGUGAAAAAGGAGGCUGAAGACGCAAUAAACAAAUCAACGUAUAAUACAUUGUACAAAAAAAUAAGAUUAGAGAAAGAUGAAGAUAACUACUGGAAAAAAGAUAAUGUAAGAGGGGAGGACAAGAAGAUGUGGGCGAGGAUAAGGUGUGGAAAUUUGGGAAGAGCGGGCAAAAAAGGGUCAUUUCCAACCGACAACUUACUUUGUACGUCACGCAAAAUAUUCAAGUUUUUAACUUCACACGUCAAGAUGAAUUUCAUUAAUUCAACUGGCCACACGUUUAAGCUGACUAAAAUCAGCACGAAGCUAUACACGACAGAUUCAGGAGCUGUGGAGGUUGCAGAGUCAUCCCUGUAUCCGAGGACAGACAUCCAGGAAACAUGGAGUUUCCGUAUGGAGCUAAGCCACGACCGGGAAGACAACUUUUGGCUUUCGUUGGGCAUCCAACCGUCCAAGUCCAAGGACCUCAAGACGAGAUACACCGCCCAGUGUUUCGCCCUUGACUUGCUCGGUAACCUGACGACCCUCACCGACCAGUCUGCUCCUUUCAAGGCCUACGAUGACUACAUACACUUGGGCAACUGCAUCAGACGACGUGGCAGAGACGACUUCUGUGGCAUAUUACAUGAAGCCAGCGAUGAAGUAUAUAUCAUGGUACAGGUAGAAAACACAGACAAUAUAAAUGAGGUAGGAACAGACUGGUGCAGAGCCGGAUUUCAGCUAGCGAGAACACCGGCAAGAAACAGUAGAGGAAGUCUGCAAGUUGAGAAGUACAGUAAUGAAGAGGCGAAAGAGUUAGAUAUAAUCGAGACAAUCAAUGAUAGGAAAGACAAACAGAAAGAUGAAGUGGGAAAAAAGACAAGAGAACAAGCAACGCAGACUGGAAUGUCAAAUUGGAGCCAAAAGCAGGAAAUGAAGGAUAGUGAAAAAAAUUCAGAGGAAAAGAUGUGGCAAUUGAUCGCAGAGAUAGAAGACAGGGUAAAAACAAAAGUUGAAGAAUUGAUAAUGAAAUCAAUGGAAGAAAUAAAGGCAUGUACAAGACAAGAAACCUCGAAGAUAGGGGCCCAAAUAAUUAGGAGCAAAUGUAAAGAAGACCAAGUGGAAAAGGAAAGAAGACACAGACAGGAAAUAGAAAGAUUAGAGAAGGAAAUUGGUAAAAGAGAACAAAGCAUAAAGGAAAAGGACAGAGUAAUUAAAGAGCUAAGUGAAAAAAUAAAAAAGGAGAAAGAAAGUAAGACGAACAUACCAAAUAAGACAAAAGCAACCGAGGAAAAAAAAAGGAAAGCAACACGACAGUCAGAGUCACGACACAAAGAGACAAGGAAAGAGUAA